GUCGGAGGGGGAGGCGACAGAGACGGAAGAUGGCGUCGGGCGAUCGACCCCGCUCGCUCGCUUCUCCCGGCACCGACAAGAGUGCAAAGUCAGACAAUCAGCCAGAAGCAAUGAUUGAAGAGGAGACUGUCACAUCCCAACCAGACACAGAGGAGGUGAGUGUGGUGGAGGCAACACUUUCUGCAGUGGAGGUUGAAGAGGAGAGGCGGCAGGGCCAUGUAGAACUGCAGUGCGGCAUCUGUAUGAAGUGGUUCACGGCCGAGAGCUUCAGCAUUGACACCAGCACGUGUGUUCCAUUUAUCACCAACUAUGUCUUUCAUUGCAACAUUUGCCAUCAUAGUGGCAACACCUACUUCUUACGAAAACCUGCAACUCUCAAAGAGAUGUGUCUGACUGCACUGGCAAACCUCACAUGGACAUCACGCAUGCAGGACGAUCAUCCCAAAACAAUGUUCUCCAAAGACAAGGACAUCAUCCCAUUCAUCGACAGACACUGGGAAUGCAUGACAACACGGCAACGACCAAACAAGCUCACAUGGCAGAACAACAUUGUCAAGACUAUGACGAAGGAGCGUGAUGUAUUCCUCGUGAAAGAAAACCCAGACCCAGGAAGCAAGGACUCUCAAGACGAAUACCCAAAGUUUGGCCUCUUAGAUCAGGACCUGACUAACAUAGGCCCGUCGUAUGAAGGUCAGAAGCAGCCUGGGACACCGGCCGCUGCAGCCAGUUCGAAUGGUAAAGAAUUUACAACUCCUAAUAAAGGUGGCUUCGGGAUCAGUGGCAGCGGCAAAGGACGCGGCGCAAAGCGGAGGCAAGAAGGCGUCACCCCACCGACGGCUAAGCGCACCCGGCAUGACCCGCUGUUCCAGUCACAACGCCUGCCCCCCCACGGCUACCCGCUGGAGCAUCCCUUCAACAAGGACGGCUACCGCUACGUGCUGGCGGAGCCCGACCCCCACGCGCCGGACCCCGAGCGGGUCGAGCUGGACUCGUGGGCCGGGAAGCCGAUCCCCGGGGACCUGUACCGCUCGUGCCUCUACGAGCGCGUGCUGCUCGCACUGCACGACCGCGCGCCCCAGCUAAAAAUCUCCGAUGACCGGCUGACGGUGACGGGUGACAAGGGCUACUCGAUGGUGCGCGCCUCACACGGUGUGCGCCGCGGGGCCUGGUACUUCGAGGCUACGGUGGACGAGAUGCCCACAGGAAGCGCUGCGCGCAUUGGCUGGUCACAAAGCCUCGGGAACCUGCAGGCUCCGCUCGGCUACGACAAGUUCAGCUACUCGUGGCGCAGCAAGAAGGGCACGCGUUUCCACCAGUCGCGCGGGCGACACUAUGCCGACGGCUACGCGCAGGGCGACACGCUCGGUUUCUUCAUCUCGCUACCUGAGCAUACGCACACGGCCACCUGCCUGCCCGACACGUACAAGGACAAGGCACUAAUCAAGUUCAAGAGCUACCUGUACUUUGAAGAAAAGGACUUUGUGGACAAGGCAGAGAAAAGCCUCAAGCCAGCGCAUGACAGCAAGGUGGUGUUUUACAAGAAUGGAGUCGGGCAGGGCACUGCAUUCGAGGACGUCUAUGAAGGAGUUUACUUCCCGGCUGUCUCCCUUUACAAAAGCUGCUCGGUGUCUGUCAACUUUGGACCAAACUUUAAGCAUCCUCCUAAGGAUGUGACCUAUCAACCCAUGAGCGACAUGGGGUGGUAUGCCGUUGUGGAACACACGCUCUCUGACCUGCUGUACCACGUGGAGACGGACGUGGAGGGUAGGCAGAGUCCACCAUGGGACCUGUGAGCUACCGCUCGCUGAGAACAUCCACCUACACCUGUACCUGCCUCUUUGACUUGCACUCUCUGGGCAUGCCCGUUGGUUCCGCACAUGCAUAUGCUGCGCAUAGAGCGGUGGACAUUCGUCUUUUGUGCGAUUGUGUGUGCGUGUACACUUUUAUUUCCAUGUGGCUGUAACGUGUACAACCUAGUCGUUUUGAUGAAAGACAAUUUUUUGACUUGUGCAAUGUGACAUGACAGCACUUGUUGAGAAUCCGUAAAAAGAGAUGGUGGUCAAGUUUUGCAUUGUUAAUGAUGAGAAUUAGAUGCGUUGUUGGUAAUGACUGUUUAGCCUUUUCUAAGAGAGGGCAUAUUUUUAGUUGCAGUAGUUUCCUUCAAACAGGCUAUAAACCAAGAAAAGAUGUAAGAGUUUUUUUUGCAAUCUAGCACUUAAAAACUGACACCAACUUGAAUGCAAAUUUGUAUAAUAUGUUUAAUAUAUUUUUUAUAGAAUAGAAAACUAAGAAAUCUAUCAGCAGCCAUUUUACGGUCACAAUAUUAAAUAUUUUUGUGAUGUGCUGCAUUUUUAGCACCUUUUUGUAACGUGUGGAGUUUUAAAUCUCCCAUGUUUAUAUAUACAUCUUUGUUGUUAAAAUGGAACACCCUUUUUGCAACUGAAUAUAUAUGAAUUAAACAGCAACUAUUUCAGAGCUUUUAAAUUAAUUCCACUUAUCCAACAAAUGCUUUUAACGUUCAGUGUACCUGGCACUUGCAUACAAUUGUGUAGCCUCUAUUUUGAAAAAUGUUUCUCAUUAUAAUUUUAAAAACUCA